UAUUCAUAAUUCGCCUGAGGAGGAGGUACAUUGCGCAUAUAUAUAUCAGGGGAGUCACAGGCAUCACUAGGGUUAGGGUUUUCACAGCCGCUUUAAAAAACAUAUCACCUCUUUGCUUUUGCUGUUGAUCAUCAUCACCUCCAUCUAGAAACAUGGGUAAGACAAGGGGUAUGGGAGCAGGGCGCAAGCUCAAAAGACUCCGGAUCAAUCAGAGGUGGGCUGACAAGCAGUACAAGAAGUCACAUCAGGGGAAUGAAUGGAAGAAGCCUUUCGCUGGUUCUUCCCACGCCAAGGGCAUCGUUCUUGAGAAAAUCGGUAUUGAGGCUAAGCAGCCUAACUCUGCUAUCCGUAAGUGUGCUAGAGUUCAGCUUAUCAAGAACGGCAAGAAGAUUGCCGCUUUUGUCCCCAACGAUGGUUGCUUGAACUACAUUGAGGAAAAUGACGAGGUGUUGAUUGCUGGAUUUGGGCGUAAAGGUCAUGCUGUGGGAGAUAUUCCCGGAGUUAGGUUCAAGGUCGUCAAGGUUUCUGGUGUCUCACUCUUGGCCCUCUUCAAGGAGAAGAAGGAGAAGCCAAGAUCUUAAACAAUGCUUUUGAAAUUGAUUUUGAUGUUAUAAGAGCCUUUUUGGUAGUUGAAUUUCAAAGAACUCUAAUGUUCUCUUCUAUUCUACUUAAGAUUCCAAAACUAUGUGUUUUAAACUUUUUUUUCUCAAUGAGUCUUUGAGUUUAGUUUUGACCUUA